CUCUGUGUGAACUGGUGACUCACUUUCUUGGCUCAUUGCAAAUGCAUGGUAAUGAUCGUGGAGGUAGAAAGCUGAAGAGGGGAUGGGACUAGACAACAUAUCCCGAAAAGAUGGCCGAGCUAGAGAUAUCUCGAUCUGGACAGACUCAUGCGGACAUCCUCCAUCCCUUAACAUCUCUGGAGUGGGAGGAAUGGCCCUCUCUACCAGUGUUGGUGACGAAUGCCUCUUCAGUGUAUCUGAAUGGAACACUCUAUGUCGGAGGAAGGAGUAAUGCUGGAUUUGAUUUGUACUCAUUCAAACCUGGAGUUGACAGCACAUGGACAGUGACAGACACACCCACCAAUCGGUAUACCCUUGUCGCUCAUGACUCUGAACUGCUACUGGUGGGUGGGAAAGAGUAUCCUACACAUGAGAUAACAAACAAAGUCUUCACGAUGAGGGAUGGACAGUUUGUUGAAACACUUCCUCCUAUGAAGGAGCGACGACGUUCACCAUCUGCUGUCAGUAGUGGGUCUGCACUAGUUGUGGCUGGAGGGUGGAAUACCUCAGGAGAUCUCUCCUCUGUGGAAGUGUUUAAAGAUGUUCAGUGGACGACUGCUCCCUCCCUACCAAGUGCAGGAUAUAACACGAAGUCUGCUCUCCAUGGUGACCAGUGGUACCUGAUCACGGGUCAAGGGAAAGUGUUCUGUGCAUCACUACAAUCACUCAUAUCUGGAGAUGAUAAGUCGCCAUGGGAGACGCUACCUGAUGCUCCUAAUCGCUUUUCAGCCGCUGACUUCUUUGGUGGCCAUCUCUUGUCUAUUGGAGGGGGUUUCCCUGCCACCAACACAACAACCAUCCAUGCCUUCUCAACAUUCACCCAGUCCUGGGAACAUGUUGCGGACCUGGCUCUAUUAUCACUGCUCCGGCCAACAGCUGUUGUCCUAUCGAGCAAACAACUAAUUGUGAUCGAUGGUACUAGAGUACUUCACGGAAAACUUAAGGUGACUACAUUUGAUGCCGACAGUCACUUCACUUUGAGAGCUAUUGAUCGCCUCAAAGUCUCAGCAGGAAUCUCUGUGAAAGAGGAGCUUGUACAACGCACCUCACGCACUGCCUUCCUAGCUGUUGCUGGUGUGGAUGUUUGGGCAAUGUAUAACUACAUCUUGGGAGAAUGGGCGUCAAGACGUGGACCACACCCACCCACAUGGGCAGAGCUAUUCAGAGCUCUCAAGGAGAUGGGCUUGAGUGAGCUGGCAGAUCGGAUAGAGAAAUACUUGAGAGGGUCGGUUCCUGAGGACCCACCUCGACCACUCCCUGAUGAGGAAGGUGACUCAGAGGAGGAGAAAGAUGAUGAAACACCAGAGCAAGAAAUUCUCAGGUUAAACAAUGUGCUGGCUGAGUACAUUAAUGCUAAUAUUCAAUUGAAGAAGGCAAACAACAACCUUGAGCAAGAGAAUACUCAUUUGAAAUCUGAGAAGGUGAAAGAAGAACAAAUGGACCCAGUCUCUAUCAAAGAGGAACCAACAUCCGUCCAAGAUAAUCAGUCGCCCUCAUCUCCCCUGAAGCAUAUCAAACAGGAAACCAAAGCUGAUCCACAGACCACUAAAGUGAAAAGUGAAGAACCAGUCUCACAGCUACUACCUUUGGGACUGUCUACUGUACAGCAUCAUGCAAUACCAUUCGACCUCCCUGGUGUUGAAGUGGUGGCCAGCACGUGUGUGAUCGUCACCAACUCACCCCAAAUCUUCCGCUGGGUUGGCUAUGGGUUCAAGCUCACCAUACCCCAGGGCUCCCUGCCAGCUGGUGUUGACCAGUGUCGACUAGACAUCAAGGCCAGUGUAGCUGGACAGUACCAGUUUCCUGACAAUCUCCAGUUGGUCAGCGGUGUUAUCUGGAUACGUCCUUAUCCCUCGGGUCAAUUCCAACAGCAGCUAACAGUCGAGAUACAGCACUGUGCCAAGAUGACCAGCUCCACCAAGCUCUCAUUUGUGAGAGCACAUUGCUCCCAGGAGAGCCUGCCCUACACAUUCAAGCAGCUUGAAGGGCGUGGCUCGUUCACUGAGUUCAGCUCGUACGGAUCACUGGAGCUGAACCAGUUUAGUGGACUGGCUGUAACUGGAGAGGAUGUGGAGAGAGUGUACACUGCCAGCCUCUACUACCUUGGCUCAGAGCUGCACAGCAGGGAAAUACAUUUUGUUGUCAACUGGGAUAAUGAGAUUCAUAACACGCUUGUGAGCGAGAAGUACUCCUCUAAAAGAGCCGUUCUCGGAGUGAAUCAUUUUGUUGAGUUUGAGGAGGACAGUUUAACACUGGAUAUUCCUAUGGCUGGUGCUAAAGUCAAGGGAGGGUGGAAAAUAACGCCAAUGUUUCAUCCUACGGUCAUCAAGAAGCAUGUUGAUCAGUUCAAGCCUGGACAGAGAAUUCCGUACUGCCACUUGAAAGCCGAGAUGACAAACAAACGAAAGAAAUCUGCUCCAAAGCUAUUCCACCAAGUCAAGCUAGUGGGUGCAAAGGAUCCAUACAACAUCAUUACAAUUGAUCUGGACCCCCAGCGAACUUUUCCAGAAACUACGUUCGGUGACUUGGUAACAUUUAAACCUGCUGUGUCAUCUCAAAGGAAUGAGGCCAGGGAAUUGCUGAUGCAACCUCAGUCACAUGCGACUCAUUAUCCACCCUCCCUUGGACUACCUUACUAUCCUGUGGCCUCACACUCUCGGAACAUGUCAGAGUUUCCCCCGUCCCUCCUGUCAGUGGAGCAGUCCCACACUUCUCUCACUCUCUCCUCUGCCACACCCCCUCCGCCCUCUCAGUGGAAUACUCAGCUACAACAAUGGAGUCAAACAAGUGGCUCAGCUAGUGGAGGAUGGAGCAAUGCACUGAACAUAGCUGGGCCAAGCUCUGGCUCACUAAAAUCGAUUGAAUACCCGGCCAUUACUCUAGACCAACUAGUGAGCCGUGUUGGCAUUGACAAAGACCUGCUUGAUAAGGAAUGCUCCGAUGGCCACCUCAGAAGAAUGUCGUCUCUCCUUCCCGACUGGCUGACGUAUGCCAAGGCCCUGGGGUUCACUGAGCCAGAGACACGAGACAUAACAGAUAACCCUCAACUGUCAAACAGCACUCAUGCAAUGAAGGCUCUUAGAGUACUGGAGAAGUGGCACCGGCGACACGGGGGUCAUGUUACUAUUGCUACAGAGAUUUGCAAGAUGUUCAAAGGAGAAGAUGUUCCCCAUGCAGAGGACUCGAGCUCGUCCCGACCACCUCCCAUCACUGGUGAGAAGAGAGAGGCCACUGAACACAGUGAGCAAGUUCCCCCCAAGAGACCUCGGUCAGAGGAGCAGUGAGGGAGCUAAGAGAAUGGACUACGUACACUGUCCAGCUCAUCUGUUAAUGGUCACCUCCUCAGAGAAGAGAUUGAGGAAUUAUAGUACAAGAAUUUAUAAUAAUACUUGACACCCUCCAUAAUAAUUGUUUGCUCAGUAUAUAUGAGUUGAUUAAUGUCUGUAAUUUUAUGUUCAUUGCUGAAAUGUUUAUUGAUUUAGAAGAAAGUCUCAAAAUUGAAUGCGUAUACAGCAUGA